UUUGUCGAGUUAACACGUGGUUUGGGUCGCGGGUCGAUCUGAUCUUCACUCCCGGAAGGAUAUUUAACACCUCGGUCUCGCGCGGAGAACACCGCGGUUGUGAGCUGUAACAGUCGGAGCAUCACUUCCGGCGUGCGGGGUUUGAGUGUGUGUGGAUAGUUUUACCUUCUUUUUUUUUACGUUUUGCCCGCCAAGAGUGGCGACAUUUGGGUGACCAAAAGUGCACUGUGAAAAAAUCUCCUGCAAUUUUCGCAUGGCACAUUAUGCAAAUUUACAUCACAACGGGGAUUGCUGAAGAAGCACACCUGUAAAUGGGAAAUUUUACGUGUUAAUUCGAAUCAAUAAGUGUAAAUAAAGUGCUGCCAAGUUAAUCCACGGAAAAGCUACACAACAGUUGGUGUGAAAUAACAAAGUUCGUUCUUCUAGUGCUGUGUCAUCAAGUGAAUUGCACCAUGAAAUGCCAUUAAAUCGGAUUACUACUGCUGCAGCACCAUCAAACCCCUGAAAGGAUCUCGUUCACUCUGGCAAAGGGAAAUUUACGGUGGAUUUCAUUGGAAGAAGGAAAAUUACGUAGUCGGGGUAGAUACCGACAACCGAAUCGAAUGCUCUACUCGAACUGCGUUGUUUGGACACCGUUUGAAGUGGUCUCCACUACCGAUGACAUCCCGAUCAUUGCUGCUGCUGUCGUUUGAAGUGUUUCGCUGCUGGUGCACUCGAUAGCCAAUUGCUGGAAAGCGCUUGUUUGUUUGGUUGUUGUGAUUCGGUACGAUUGUGUAGGAUUACUCGUGCAAUGAUCAGACAGCAUUCGUAGCACCCUUUUUGGAUUUGAUCACCGAUCCCGAGCCUACAAAGAUGAACACCAGCACGGACAACAGUACCAGUACCACCUUCGGAAUCUGGGCCUCCAAUUAGCAACUGCUAAGAACGGAGGGGGGCCGACAUGGCAAUUGACCACAAUCCGAUGGACUGGUGCACGAGUGACCACUGGUCCACGUUUCGCUUUCUGCUGUCCUGUGCCAACUACAACAACACCUGGACGUCGUACUGGGGUCCGGACAUCAUCUGCGGCUACGGUGUCACAGAACUGAUGCCAGCAGCAGCAGCCACCAGGACAUCAGCCGGACCGUCAAAUGUUCCUGCCAAGAGUGGCACCGCGGUCAGAGCUAUUGUGCAGUGUUAUCAGAACUUGAAGUGUGUCCUGAAAUCCGUCAGCCCCAGCAGCAACAGCAGCAGUAGUGGGACUGGAAACCCCAACAUCCGAUGGACGGACGCUUUGUACGAGUGCAGCUCCUGGAAGGUGAUAACCAACGCCGGUGACGGCUUGGUAAAGGACUGCUUCGCCAGCUUCAACAGCACCGUGCUGGCACGGAACAUCUUCCGGCCGGUUUCGGAACUGCUGCUCAAACUGCCCAAGCUUACGCUAGAGCUGAUGGCCGCUGGGGGCAGUUCGGCGGCGAUGGUCACCUCUUCUGCCGCGGGUAACGGUUCCGAGCUGCCGUGUGGCAUCCGGAGUGCCGGCUCUUCCCGGAUCAACCUGCACCAGCAGCAGCAGCAGCGGUACCAGCUGAUCUGCAACAACAGUGCCGGACGGUUCACCUUCUACGAGAACGAUUCGUUCGAUCUGGUCAACUCUACGGCGGCUCUGCUCGAACCCGUCCAGUGUUUGCUGAACGUCGAGUACGACGGCCUGGUGGAACAGGUGGCCAGCAUGGUCAUCUUUAACGGGUCCAUGCCGGGACCGCUGAUGGCCACUGCGGUGGCGCCCAAGUACCAGUGGAGCUUCCUGUUUGUGAUACUGUUCAUCUUUGCCGGCGGACUCGGCAACAUCCUGGUGUGUCUGGCCGUCGCCCUGGACCGGAAGUUGCAGAACGUCACCAACUACUUCCUGCUGUCGCUGGCCAUUGCCGACCUGCUGGUGAGCUUGUUCGUGAUGCCGCUCGGGGCGAUUCCGGGUUUUCUAGGUUACUGGCCGUUUGGGUUCACCUGGUGUAACAUCUACGUGACGUGUGACGUGCUGGCCUGUUCCGCCAGCAUCCUGCACAUGUGCUUCAUCAGCCUGGGCCGGUACCUGGGCAUCCGGAAUCCGCUCGGGAGCAGGCACCACGCCACCAAACGGCUGACCGGCAUCAAAAUCGUUCUCGUGUGGCUGCUCGCGAUGCUGGUGUCCAGCUCGAUUACCGUUCUGGGUAUUGUCAACCGCAGCAACAUCAUGCCGGGCCCGCAGGAGUGCGUCAUCAACAACCGGGCCUUCUUCGUGUUCGGUUCGCUGGUGGCCUUCUACAUCCCGAUGGUGAUGAUGGUGGUCACGUACGCCCUCACGGUGCAGCUCCUGCGCAAGAAGGCCCGCUUCCUGCAGGAACAUCCGGAGGGCGAACUGUUCCGAAGGUUGGGCGGCAGACUUUCCGUCUCAAAGCAUCCGCCACCGCCGGGUGGCACCGGUGGGUCCUCCCAAACGGACCCGUUCUGUUGCAACCAGCGAGAGACGACGGUCGGCGGCGGUGGGACCGGUCCCUGGCGAUUGCACGGGACCAACCUCGGUUCCAUCUCGGCGUCGACGCAGUCCGGUUCCGGCUACAGCAACGGUGGCACCGGAGAUCACCUGGGCGGACCCACGCGGAUAGCGGGUCAACUGGCGAGGCACCACCACCACCACUUGCACCAUCACCACGCGCAACCACCGCCACGACGGCGUGGAACCUGCGACCAGAGCACCCAAACGCCGGCCAGCAUCGAGCGGGAGACGCGCCAACGGCAACGGUUCUGCUCGUUCCGGCUGCCGCUGAAUCCACCGCGCGUGCCAACGCCAAACAUUCACUUUAAUUUGAAAUUUCUCGCUAGUAAAAAGCGCCGCAACAACCUGUCGGCGAAUGCCGUGGCCACCGAACAGAAAGCCACCAAGGUCCUGGGGCUGGUGUUCUUCACGUUCGUCUUCUGCUGGGCGCCGUUCUUCGUGCUGAACAUCCUGUUCGCGGCCUGGCCCGACAUCUACGUCCCGGACCAGAUCGUCAGCGUCUGUCUGUGGCUGGGCUACGUCUCGUCCACCAUCAACCCGAUCAUCUACACCAUCUUCAACCGGACGUUCCGGGCAGCGUUCAUCCGGCUGCUGCGGUGCCGUUGCGAAAAGUCGGGUCGUCCCGCCCGGUUCCGCUCCGUAACGGACAGCCGGGGAACCAUCAGUGUGUGCAACCCGUCUGCGCUGCCGUUGGCCAUCUCGCUGCAGGGUGCCGCCCCGCUGCUGACGCCCACCAGCACCCAGGUGACGCCCCUGAGUGACUUUCGUGGAAGCUACGAAAUCACCGACGACGACUGUUAGACUGCUGGCCGUACAAAUGGUACCUGUUUUUUUUUAAGUCAACGCAGUUAAUUAACCCCAAGCAAGACUGGGAUGGGACAUGGAGCAAUGGAACAAGUUAACUUGCAAAACUUUACACAACUCACCAAGGAUCGUCACGAUUCGACGGAACACGAGCCGUACUUAGCUGUUACCAAGAUUAGAGAUUAAGGAAAUUUAGGUACACUUUUACUCGAUGGCAAACCCCUGUUCACUAGUCAAUGCUAAUGAAUGUUUGAAGAAUCAAAAGAAAAACUGAAGCAAUGUAAACCAAAAGUAUUACGUUCAAAGCAAACUGAGCACAAAACGUCUUAAGCGGUAAAUGUUUAAAAUAAAUGUUAUAAGAAA